AAUUGCUAUGAAAUGAAAGAAGGCAGCUCUGUUAUUCUCUUUUCUGCCUUUUUCCAUCAGACUGACAUCAGAGGUGGGCUGGGCCGAAACAAAAAAAAAAGUCAGUCUCCAACUCCCACACUCUCAUCCCCCUACUCCUCCCCUCACUUUCUCCUUCCCUCCCUCUUGUGCUCUCCCCCAUCCUUGGUAAAAAAAACUCCAGGCAUCAGUCGUCAGAGCUCAGUCUGUUUAAGUGGCCGGCUUUUGAACUAUGUCCCAGCCAAAGCCCGGGGAGCGCUGAGUCCUCCGAGAGCAGAGAACAUCUUUGGGAAAUAGGCCCUUGACUGAAGAAGCCACAUUGUGAUUUUCAGCUGCAAGGCAGAGGGAGUAAGUGAUUUUGAGAACCUGGAAGCAAGACUGGGACAGACAGAGAGAUGAAUCCUGAACACGGCAGCUUGGUGAAGACACAACAUAAUACACAGGUCAAACUAUAACUGCAGGAAGCACAGCCGCACUGCUUACGAAAAGCAGGUAGGACUGGAGGGACCACCGGUAGCUGUCCAUCCAGCCAUUUAACCAGCAACCAGCAAUGCAGGGGCUCACAUGGAGCCUGUGUGCCCUGCUCUGCCUCUCACUCUGGGAGGAAGUGUACUGCAGGAGCUCCAGGGAAGCCCAGAGAACCAGGGAGCCUCAUCUCCACAGAAGUAAAAGAGCUCCUUUGGAUCCCGAUGCCAAAAAGUGCUCAUACACGUUUCUGGUACCGGAGCAGAGAAUUACAGGUCCAAUCUGUGCCAGCACCACAGGCCCGGAGCCUGACAAAGACAGAGUGACCCGCAUGGACAUUGCAGAUGUGCGUGAGGUGCUGAAUAAACAACGACGCGAGAUUGAGACGCUACAGCUGGUGGUGGAUGUGGAUGGUAACUUGGUGAAUGAGAUGAAGCUGCUGCGGAAAGAGAGCAGGAACAUGAACUCCAGGGUGACCCAGCUCUAUAUGCAGCUGCUGCAUGAGAUCAUCAGGAAGAGAGACAACUCGCUGGAGCUGGCCCAGCUGGAGAACCGCGUACUCAACGUGACCUCGGAGAUGAUGCGCCUGGCGUCCAGGUACAAGGAGCUGGAGGCCAGGUUCGCCGCCAUGGCGGGGGUGGUCAACAACCAGUCCGUUCUCAUCUCGGCGCUGGAGGAGCAGUGCAUGCGGACGCUGGGACGCAGCGAGCUGCCCGUCGUUCCUCCACUGGUACAGGUGGUCCCACAGAACAUACCAGUUAACAAUCGAUUCACCAAUGAGAUACAGAGGGACAAUAACAACCGGGCUUUUCCCCGAGGGGCACACAUGGACCCCCCCACCGCAAGCCCCUUUGGGAUCAACCCCCCACCGCAGGGAACACUCACCUCAGACGGUCCCUUCAGAGACUGCUUCCAGGUGCGACAAGCAGGUUACGCCACCAGCGGCAUGUAUCUCCUUAAGACCGACGGCAGUGAUCGAUUGAUCCAGGCCUGGUGUGAACACGGGCUGGAUAAUGGAGGGUGGACUGUGUUACAGCGGAGGAAAGACGGCUCCGUCAAUUUCUUCCGGAACUGGGAGAACUACAAAAAAGGCUUUGGCAACAUAGAUGGAGAACACUGGCUUGGGCUGGAGAACAUCUACAACCUGGGGAAACAAGGUGACUACAAACUAAUGGUGGAGCUAGAGGACUGGCAGGGAAAAAAGGUCUACGCCGAGUACAGCAGCUUCCACCUGGAGCCAGAGAGCGAGGGCUACCGGCUGAGGCUGGGCACCUACCAGGGCAACGCCGGGGACUCCUUCAGCAGUCACAACGGCAAACAGUUCACCACACUCGAUCGCGAUAAGGACGCGUUUUCAGGCAACUGCGCUCACUUCCAUAAAGGUGGCUGGUGGUACAACGCAUGUGGACAGACCAACCUGAACGGCGUGUGGUACAGCGGGGGGAUUUACCGCAGCAAAUUUCAGGAUGGGAUCUUCUGGGCAGAAUACGGAGGAGGCUAUUACUCCCUCAAAUCAGUCCGACUCAUGAUCCGACCAAUUGACUAAACCUCAGAGUUUGUUUCCCUUUAUCAGGCACCUCGUUCCUUUCUUUAUCCAACCAUAAACAAAUAUUGUAAAAGGAAGGACCAGGAAAUCCUGUGAUUGUUCAACUGUGCCUUGUUAUAUACAGGGGGAGGAUGAAACGAUGGCAUGUGUUUAUGGCCAGACCAUAAUAACUCCAGUAGUUUUUGCAGUGGCUAGAUUUUAAGUUGACUCUAAUGCAGAAAUUAAGACUGAAGUCACUCCUCUCUGUAAGUAACUGCUUCCUGUAAUUAUGGAAACCUGGAUGUAUUUGGAUGUUAAACAGUGACAUUGUGCCCGUUAUGAUACUUAUCUAUCAAGCGAUUUAGGAGAGAGAUGUUUUAAACCUACUAGACACAAAAAAUAUGUGUUCAUCCAAUGUGCAUAUGGGUGAACUGGCUUUGAUGUGUAAAUAUCUUUAUAUGUUAAUUUAAGAGAUGUGAUUCUACUCAGGCCAAAUGUUCAAAGUUUGUCACUCUGCUAGUCUUUGUUAUUUAUCACUUUAUUUAUGGUUAGGUAUAGUCUAGGCCAUUAAUAUUCACCCCUAUAACAAUAAAAACCUUUUUUAUGCCAUGUAAGAGAUGCAUUAGUAACCUUUGAACAGAAGCACACUUGCCACACAGCAUAUGUCACAAACUCGAACCUUACUUGAGGAUGGAAGAUCAAGAUAAGCGCUGCCAUUUUUCAUCCAAGUCAAAUUAAACUGUGUGUAAACAAUGAA